AUGCCUCUCACUCUAACACAAGUUCAUGGUAUGGUUAUGGUCAUUGGCUUGAUGAUCUUUGCUUCGACAGGUGUUUUGUUCGCACGUUACGGUCGUUCGAUACGCUUUGGCAAUCGACGUCAAUUACUUGGCAAAGCAGUUUGGUUUCAAAUUCAUCGGUUUCUUCUUUCGAUCAGUUCGAUCCUAACACUACUUGGUUUUCUGUUGAUACUUGUUCGCAAAGGUGGACAAUGGGCUAAUCUUGCCACAUCAGAUAUUCGAGCAUUCAUUCAUUCGAUAUUUGGUGGCACGAUUGUCUGUUGCACAAUGGUACAAGUCUGGCUGGCAUUGUAUCGUUGCCAUCCUCAAAGUCGAUAUCGGUAUAUUUUCGAUUGGAGUCAUCGUAUAGUCGGUCUAACAGUUUUCAUUCUCGUCAUUCCCACAAUCUUUCUGAUUAGUGACGCGAUGUCGAGAUUUCGUCCGAAUUUAGUCCCUAUCUUUUCCUGUUGGAUAGGAUGGAUAGUGAUCGUCGUUCUCGUUCUCGAAAGGAUUCAAUAUAAACAACGGUCGAUUGUGACACCAUUGGCUAAUAGUGUUCAAACGGCUGAUACAAAAGAGGAAAAUGGUCAGCGAAAUGUAAGACAGGACACAGAAACUGCGACGAGCAUGAAUAACGAUCAUCGACGGUACGAUCGAUUGAAACUGAUUUUACUAUUGUGUCAUUUUCUUGUCACUAACGUUAUUGCAAUCGUUUUCAUUGUGUAUAUUUGCAGCUAA